UAUAUGUGUGCUGGCAGCGCGGGCCAACGCGCCGCGACGGCCGCGCGUGUAUGAGUAUCGCCGCUGCCGCCACCGCGGCUGCGACCGUCGUCGUCGUCGUCGCCGACGACGACGACGGCUUCGUGACGUCGUUGCACCGUGCAACGUGCAGUUCCGUGUCGGGCGUGCGUCGUGUCGUCGCUCUGCUCUCCUUCGCGUGCACGUGCGGGUGAGACGCGGUGUCAGCCUGUGCGCUCGUUACUCUUCCUGGUCUUCUUGCUCUCUCGCUCUCCUUCGUGUAACGUUGCCGAAUACUCUGUCAUCGACAUGGGAGUUGUUGUUGACAUCAUUUCGGUUCUGGAAAAGACGACGAUCACCAAAGAGGUGCUGGAGAUCACGAGACUCGGCAAGCACAUCAACGAGCUCCGCCGGAAGACGGACAACGAUGUCUUGGCCAGGCGGGCGAAGGAUCUGGUGCGCCGAUGGCGUGACAUGGUUCUACCAUCGGCGCACUCCACACCGCAACCUACCCCAGCUGACACAGCACCGCCAGCUCUCAACGGUGCGAAGCCUCAUAGCCCGGCCUUGAGGAGCCUGAAACCGCACAGUCCUGCUCUGCGCGGACUCAAGCCUCAGAGUCCCUUAUUGAAAGAUGCCACUUCCCUCAGAGUGCUCAGUCCGGCGCUAUCCCUGCACAGUGACCACUCGAGAUCUCCUAACGCGCCCUUGAACAAGCAGUCAAUUAUACCGACCAGCAACCACAGGAUAAGUUCUACCAAUGUGUCGCCGGUGCUCGGUUCCUCGAGCCAAAACCACACGACGGAGGCGGUGCCGCGUACACACAGUUCCAAUAAGCGUCUACGAAAAGAGGACAGCGGCACCGCCGCCAGCAAGGAACUGCGUCCUUACUAUCAAACGCUGCCCGAAUUCACGCAGUCGAUGUUCGUAACCGAGGAGCCCACUGUCAAGAGACAGCGGCACAAUGGCGAAAACAUAUGUGGUAAUUUAAAUUUGCAAGUGCCUAGCCCUACGCUGAAGGAACGAAUCUCCUCCGAUCGUUUUGCGGAGACGACGCCCCUCGAGGCCACGUCGGACGAGUCGGGGCCGAAGAAACGCGGCCGUAAGAAGGGCAGUAAGUCGACGAAGCGACAGACGCUGCUCGAGGACCGUGUCAAGGAGAAACUGGCCAGUAUCUCGAGGAAUCCCAAGCUGAAGACCACGCAGGAGCUACUGGCCGACCUGCAGGCGCGCGGAGCCAACUGCAGCAGCAGCGCCGUCGGCGCGAGUGUCCUACCUAGUCAAAGCGGCGCGGAGCUGCCCAGUAUGGAAGAGUUUCUGCGGAACAGCGUAAGCGAGCAAAUGGCCAAGUAUCUGCGCUGCACGAAGAACUCGAGCCACCACAAGGGAGGCUCCGAGGCGUCGUCCGACUCCAGAGCGUCACGGGGCUGUAAGCCCGCGGAGAAUUGCCGCUCGCCGUGUCAGGAGAGGCCGCACGACGAUAGGACGGACGUAGUCGCCGGCUCUUCGGCGACGUGUCGGUCACCGCCACGGCGGGAUCUCACGGUCGAGGAGAUAUUGGCGAAACUACCGCCCCUGGAUCUCAAGUCGAUAGACUGGAGCGAUUGCGAAGCUGCCGAGCCUACGGAGGAGGAGCAACGGAACGGCGUCGAGUGUUCGCCCAGGCCGGAGCCUACCGUCGAGGAUCUGGAGAGGUUACAAUCGCAGUGCGUCGAAGGACUUAACGGGAAUUACCAGACGAGGCUGCCGCCGCCGCCGUCGGUCAUGUGUACGGACGACGGUGGAGAGCAACGGUGGCUGACCACGACGAAUCAAGGGAACGGAGUGUCGGUCGGAUUAUCGAACACGGGUGGUGUAAAAAGUGUAUACAACAACAACAACCAGACUGACGGUGCGGAGUUUCGGGAGUGGCAUCAGGUGUUGGCGAGGCCCAGUUACCAGGGCGAGAUCCUCCACAUAUUGCCUUAUGUUAUUAUCGAUUAGUAAUUUUAUUAUCUUAUCCUAUUAU